AUAGCUUUAGAUAAACAUUUUUGAGUUAAAAAAGUAUAAUAAACAUACCAAAUAUAGGGGGUAAAAUAUGAAAACAAGAACAAUCAAACAAAAGGCAACAUGAAAGCAGAAACCUUUUUCCCUGCAAAAGUGUAGAGAGAAAAAACACACUCAUACCAAAACUUUUCCCAUUAUACUAUUCUUUUUCUUAUCAUCUUUCUUCUUUUCCCGGAUAAUUCUGAGAACUCAAGGCAGCCGCAAAAGCAUAUUAUGAUCGUGAUGAUGAAGUUCUAUACGUUCACUUUGUUGAUCUGCUUGUUCUCUAAGCUCCAAGGUCACUGCAAAUCAGAUAUCAGCCUUGGCAAUUCUCUAACGCUAACUUCUCCUCUAGAAUACGCUCCCGGUUUUAUGGGGAAAGCUUAUAUAAUGGAGACAGAGUCAUCAUCAUCAACAACAGAACCUGGUUUCAAAGCCGCGUUAACGAUGGAAUCAAGCGACCAAGAUGAUGGACGAUAUUUGUGUUCCCUCCAAGUUUUCCUUGGAGAUGUAAGAGUUUGGAGCUCAGGUCAUUACUCAAAGAUGUACGUUUCUAGCAAAUGUAUCAUCGAGCUCACAAAAGAUGGAGACUUGAGGUUAAAGAGUAACAAUAAACGCGUUGGAUGGAGAAGUGGAACCUCAGGACAAGGCGUUGAGAGGUUGGAGAUACAAAGCACAGGGAACCUAGUGUUGCUUGAUGCUAAGAAUCUGAUAAAAUGGCAAAGUUUUAAUUUCCCAACAGAUGUGAUGUUGAGUGGUCAAAGACUAGACGUAGCUACGCAACUAACUUCAUUCCCAAACGACUCGACUUUGUUUUAUUCCUUUGAAGUUUUACGCGACAAGAUUGCUCUGUUUCUCAAUUUGAACAAGCUCAAGUACUCUUAUUGGGAGUACACGCCUAGAGAAAAGAACAAAACAGUCAACUUCGUGAGAUUAGGGUCAAAGGGUCUUGACCUAUUCGACGACAACAGCCACAUAAUCGGGAGAAUAGAGCAACCGUUGAUCAGAUUCUUGGCACUUGGGAACAGAACCGGUAAUUUGGGACUUUAUUCGUAUAAACCGGAAAAGGGAAAGUUCGAGGCAACGUUUCAAGCUGUGAGCAACACUUGUGAUCUUCCUGUAGCAUGUAAACCAUACGGAAUCUGUACAUUCUCAAAGUCUUGUUCUUGCAUUAAGGUCAUGGGAAAUAGUGAUUGCAGUAGUAACGUGGACGAACCGGUUUCUGUUAAGAGGUUAUGCGAUCACGAUAUGGUUGAGCUAGAAGGAGUCACUACAGUGCUAGGAAACGGGACACAAGUGAGAAACGUGAGAAAAGAAAGAUGUGAAGAGUUGUGUAAGAAAGAUUGUGAGUGUGGAGCUGCUAGUUACUCUGUUUCUGAUGAGAGUUGUGUCAUGUAUGGGGUGGUGAUGGGUGUGAAGCAGAUCGAGAGAGUGAGUGGAUUGAGUUAUAUGGUUAAGAUUCCAAAAGGAGUGAGAUUGGGUGAUGAGAAAUCUAAUAUGAGGAAAUGGGUCGUGGGAUUAGUUGGAGGUAUAGAUGGUUUUGUCAUUUUGUUGCUUCUCUCUGGAUUUGCUUUUUAUUUCAUUAGAAAGCGUCGGAAAAGCUCGUCGCAGCAGCCGCCGCCGCCGCCACUGCCGCAGCGGAAUACAGAUUCUUGUCAAGAAUCAAGAAUUUCUUGAUAGUUCUUGGUUUUGGAUUUUUCCAUAUAAAGCUGUGUCGCACAUCGAAGAUUGUAAAGCCUAUAUCCAUUUUAAUUUGGCAUUAGCCUUAGAUUUGA